CAUGACAAGACGCGCAAGUGCGGAUACUUUACGGGGUUAGAAUAAUAUAAUUGCUUCAUACUUUUCAUUUUUAAACCGUGUAAAAAACAAACAAGGCCGAGUAAAGUAGACAGCAUAUCCUUGUCUUUGGCUUUGUUCCGUUUUCCCUUCUCAACAACCUAUUGCUAUGGCAUCUCUCACUCGAAGAGAGAAGGAGAGAUGUCCCACAGCAGGGAACCGACGGUAUUGGACAGAUGCGCCUCAAUGUAAAUCAUCCAGAUUUUACUCUGAGACUGGGAGCGGUACAUUACUACACGAGGACUGUCAAUCAACAGAUCGCCCCUCUCCAGAGGGUGCAGGGUCCAACGCCGACCCUCAUGGAGUUCCGUGGCCAAAAACGGAUGUCCCAUCCCGAGAGUCUCUGACGAGACCCUGCGCCGGAGGACCUGGGAUUACCAGUGGAUUUGACACUGUUAGACCCCCCAUGGUGGGAAGUUGGAGCGUUCGGAAAUCUGACGGAAAAGUUAUUUGUGAGCAUUGCACGGCGACUGUGGCUAUACUAAAGAUACACGCACGGAGCCUCGUCAUUCCUCAAUAUAUCUCAAGCAAGGACUCCACCUUGUCAGCCUAUCUCCACGACAACCUCAAAACCCACAGUGGUACCAUAGACGUCUGGGCUGUGGAGGACGAGCAGAGUGGCUGUCACAUCUGUGGUGCCCACCUGAGCCAGCUGAAGCAGGAGGCCAUCCACCUGAUCCUAGCCAGGGAGGAGCGUGCCAAGUGGGCCACUCCAUCUCCCGCCAAGCCCCUUCCUGGAUCCACCUCCACCAAAGCAGCACCAUCUAGCCCCCAACUCUCACGCUCUGCCAGAACCCAAGGUUCCUCUGCCAAGCCCUCCCCUGGACCUCGAUCCACCACCUCCACAGCACCAUCUAGCCCCCGCCUCUCAGGCUUCACCAGGAGUCAAAGCCCCCAGAAGACCCACCCUAGGAGGAUCCUGAAACCCACCCCAGCUGAGAUGGAGAGAUGGGUUGAGGAGCAGCAGCACCUGGCCUCCUCCGAAACAAUGUCCAGCAAUAAUGGAGUCACCAUCUUUCCCUGUCAGUUUUCAGAGGAGUUCUCAGAUGGACCGAAUGAGACUGUGGCUGUCCAGAGCAGUCCAAUGGCUCCUGCAAUUUUGUCCUUUCUGGUCAGGGCAGCCCAGAAACUGAGCCUGACAUCGAGGAGGAAGAGCCAAAUGUCUGCCCCCUCUCCCGUGUCUCCUCUCCCCCGUUACAACACCUGCUACAGGGGCAUCAUCCAGAGGUCUCCACCCACAGUCCCCACCUGCCUCCUUCAAGCUGCCAACCAACUCAAAGACGCACCCAACUUUGGCAAGGUCAAAGUGGUGCUGCGAGUCUGCCCCUCUCCCACCGUGCCCCCUUCCCAACCCCAGCCACCCAUUCUUAGGGUGGACCCAGCCAAGAGAAGGGUCACCUUUAUUGAUCCUACCACCAACCACAAUCAACAGCCACACUCCAACACCACGCUGGGGACACACGCUGGGGAAGCCAAGGGCCACUCUAAGUCAUAUGUCUUUGACGCAGCCUACCCCCUAGAGUCAACCCAGGCGGAGGUGUGUGUAGGUAUUCUGCCUGACGUCAUCCGUUCUGUGGUCAACGGGGCAGACGGAUGUAUUCUGUGUUUUGGACACGGUGAAGCGGGGAAGUCGCACACCAUGAUGGGUAGUGAUAGCAGCAGCCAGAGUUUAGGGGUCAUCCCGUGUGCCAUCUCCUGGUUCUACAGUCACACAGAGAGGAGGAGGGAGAGGACUGGGGCCAUCCUGGCUGUGUCUGUGUCCGCUAUGGAGGUCUGUGGGGAGGACGAGACCCUCAGGGACUUACUGUCAGGCAACCUCCAGGACAGCCCAUCAGCAGACCUUUAUCUCUUUGAGGACCCCAUCUAUGGAAUACAGCUUCGGCACCACAGUGUGGUAUCUGCCCCCAACGCCGAGAGAGCUGCCUUCCUGCUGGAUGCAGCCAACGCAUCACGCCACCGUGCCGGCGGCCCGACGAGUGGAGCUCGCAGUGACAUCACCACACCAUCGUCCUCCUCCAGCUCCCAUAUGUUUUUUACUCUGCACGUCCAACAGCAGUUCGCAGAGGGCAGCGGCAAAGUACCAGGGGGUCAUAGCAGGUUGAUCAUGAUAGACCUGGCUAACAGUAUAAAGGGGACCAGUAGAACCAGUGACAGCAGAACAGGACGUCCUGAGUCUGAACUGGGCAGUGUUAUACUGGCCCUACUCAACAAUGGAAACAAAAACAUCCCCUACAGAGAUAGUAAAGUGACCAUGCUGCUACAGGAGUCUCUGGGUAAUAUUAACUGUUAUACGACCGUGCUGGCCCAUGUGAUUGACUCACCAGAACACUUCCCAGAGACACUCUCCACUGUCCAAAUUUCCUCGCGCAUUCGCAGGACACAGAAGAAGGCAAACCAUUCAACAUCCUGCUCUCCCAGUGGUAGAAGUCUGACUAGAGAGAGGAGUGGAGGGAGUAGUCCCUUCUCUCUCAGAGCGUUUCACUCUACCAAUGCUGUGGACUCUGACCUCAGUGACCUGCCCCAGCUCAGGCUCGGUGGCGACCUGCUGGAUAACCACUCCAGCAGCAACCAGUGCUGUGACACGGUCAUCCACGUCAACCCCGAUGGCUCGGUCCAGCAGCCCAGUGCGGAGCUGACCCAGCAGGGCCAGGGCCAGCCGGAGUUUACCCCCAUUAUCCACUCUCUACACCAGAAUAAGGCUGAAGCGGAAUCGGAGGAUGCUGAGCUUUCUGCUCUAAAGAAAGAGCUAUUGCAGCACCUUCUAAACAUCAUGCCCAGACUGCAGGGAGAGAAGAAGAAGAAUGAGGGCAUCAUCCAAGAACAACUUCCUCAGAAUACAGCAGAAGUGGGCCAAUGUGAGAGGAACUUAAGUCUUAAGUGUGACACUUUCGCAGAGCUGCAGGAGCGACUCGGGUGCAUCGACGGCAGCGAAACAGUUACCAAGUCAUCGUUAAAAGAACCUUCUGCCAUGACCGAGUCCCUUCCAGUCCCCCAAGAUGGCUCAGGCAGAACUGAGACUGUGGAGAAUACCUCCUUCUUGAAACUACUGAAUAUGAAGGUGAAGUGGUGUGAGCUUUCCAUUGUGGGCGAGAAAGAGAGCCUGGUGACAGAUGGCAGUCUUCCGGUCGACAGUUUUCAGAGAGAGGACUCUGGUCUGUAUGACUGUGAGGAGGGAAGUGCAGCCAGCUCCAAAGAGGACCAACCAAACCCCUGUGGCUCUAUCAGUAUACAUCCAGGCUGCCAGGACCAAGGCAACCCCCCUGAGUACAGCUUUCUUCCGCAGCACAGUGACAUCUACACUCCAAUCAGCCCGGUGCCAAGCUCUCAUCCUCCUCUGUCUCUUCUUCCCCUGCCUCUGGAGCCAGCUGGAUACCCAGGGAGGUCUGGCUUGCUGCAACACCAGACCAGGACCUCUCCGGCGGGCAAGAGCACUCCGAUAUCCCCCUCUCUCUCUCCAUCCCUCCUCUCCCCCUCGUCCUCCACCACCUCCUCCUUGGCUACCAGUGUUCUCCUAGGAGAGAUGAUCCUUCCCCAGCUUUCCAAGCUGCCUACUACAGAGUCGGACCUGAAGGAGAUGAAGGCCACCAUCACGGUCAUGGUCCAGCAGCCGUUGGACCAGACGGGUCAGGAUGAGCUGGUGUUCACCAUGGUGGAGGAGGUGACCAUCAGCGGGGCGCUGGAGAGAGGAGGCCGGGCAGGGAACAUCAUUAGGAUCAGGGAUGCCCACUCCUCCUCUGGCCAGGCUUCUUCAGGGUCAGUACUGGGUUCCCUUCCCAUCAGGAUUAUCAGUAACAUUAGUGAAGAUUCUACAGGUUCCACUAUCAAGGCCAUGGACCCUGCUACUACCACUAAGAUCAUGGCUGUGGAAGUCAACACCAAACCCAAAGCCAUGUCUUCUCUCUCCAGGGUGGAGAACCGGGUCUUGCCCUCCUUUAUAAACCCCUCGCUCGCUGACCUCAGUAGGAGUAGUGAUGCGGAGGGGUCUCGUCAUCGCCGAGGGGUUUCUAACACCCGUUUCACGCGAGCGGAUGCUUAUGCUGAACCCGAGAAGAAAGAUCAUCUAAAAAGUUCAGGAAGUAAAACGGCGAUGGAGACAGAAGGUGCGUUCUAUAUUACUGAGAGGAAUCACGAGAAGAGUACCAACGAGAGCGUUUUGAUGCCAGGUGAAACUAAUAGUAUUGCAUCAUGUGACACACAUGCCUGGGAGGAGACCGGUUGCUAUGAGAUGAUGUCAUUAGAGAAUAGGGCCAGAGGGAGAAGUGGUAACCAAGCAGAAAGGAGCUAUCCCAGAGGAGGGGAGUUCACCACCUGUUCCCUAACCUGUUAUGACCGGGUCUUACCUGUUCCAUCUUCCCUAAUUACUCCAAAGACACCAGGGGACAGUAGUGAAAGGAGCAGGAAUACACCAGAGAACUGUAUCCCUGGUUACCUUCUAGCUACCCACCACAAAACAGCCAGUCUACCAAGAGGCUGGCAUAAUAUCAACAAGCAGGAGAGCUAUGUAAUGAGCGAGGAGUAUAAAGAUAAAGCCCCAGACGUUACAUCAUCCACCCCUGGUAGUCCCUGGAUGACCCUGGAGAGGAGGCCAUCCUCAGCCAGGCAGGGGAUCUUCUCCUGUGCCAGGGAGAGCCUCCCUCUCCCCUUCUCACCAGCUCGGAAGUACAGCCUGGAGCAGCAGCAGAGACAGAGAACUAGUAACAGUCCUCUCAGCACAGCCAGUAGUUCACCGUUGGAGCCCAAGCCAUCCACUCGGAGUGUUAGACAUGAUAGCGGCAAGCUGGAAUCUCCCAUAGAGGAAAGCAGUAGGCUAUUCAGUGCUAAAUUAGAGCAGUUGGCAAGCAGGACCAACUCUUUAGGUAGAAAACCACUGGAGUUCCACACUCUGGACCAAGGCAGUAGCCUAUCCUCUGUGAGCUCCAUGGGGAGCUCCAAGGGCUCCAAAGGGAGUUGGGAAGAGGAGUCCAGCCAAUCCACCCUACACCGGGCCAGCAGGAGCCCCAGGAGGGCCCCUAGGUCCAUUCCCUUGACUGACAAAAACACCUCCUACACAGCCCAUUCUCCCAAAAUCAACAGGUCAACCUUUAUAACUGAGCCCAACACCACCACCUCCACAGCCCUCCAGUCUCCUAGAACCAGCCGAUCUAAGCUCUCCGCGGUGGGGAAACUGAUGAUGACCAGCCCUAAGGUCCGCCGGAUAUCCAUCCCCAUCCCCAGUACCAAGAACCUCAGCUUCUCCCCCAAGGCGUUCCGUCAGUCCAUCAACAGGAGCGCCAGUCUGUCCCCUGAUGGGAAGAGACCUGAGCAUGGUCCACCCUGGUCCACCCAGUCUCUCAGCCGAAACCAGACCCCCUCGCCUCAGACCCUACCACCACGCCUCAUAACAAAGUCCCCCGUCCGGGUAAUCAACGGGCGCAUCUCAGAGCUCCUGCAGAUCGGCAGAGAGCCCUACCCCUCUGGCGGGGCCUCCGGAGGACUAGUUCUAGACAAGAUGGCAGCAGCGGCUGGAGCUGCCUGUAGAUCCAUGGGAGAGGUUCAUCCUGUCCACCCUGUACCCUCACCCUAUGCCAGGGUAACAGCGCCUCGCAGGCCCAACCACCUCAGCGGGCACGCCAGUGAUGUCACUAGUGUGUUGAGCGGGGAGCUGCCCCCGGCCAUGGGUAAGACAGCGUUAUUGACCAAUAGGAACAGCGUGGUGAGCAGUGGCUAUGAGAGCAUGGUUAGGGACAGCGAAGCCACAGGGAGCAUUACCUCCAACAGAGACUCUAUCAGCAAUAAGAGCUGUUCUAUGAUCAGUGUGACCCGAAAUGAGAGGAACCCCAAAAGGAGGAGCAGCAACGGUUCACACCCGUGGCAUCUGUCCAAUGACAUGUCCCAAUCUCUGAGGAGGUCUGCCAGUGGGCCCAGGUCUCGCUGGGUGGACAGGGGCAUCUCAGAGGCCUACGAGAUCAAGGUCUAUGAGAUAGAUGACGUGGAUAGGCUGCAGAGGAGAGGAGGAGCAGGCAAACAGGGAAUAGCCUGCUUCAGUGCCAAACUCAAGUUCCUGGAGCACCGUCAGCAGAGGAUUGAAGAGGUGAGAGCCAAGUAUAACAGCCUGAAGAGAGAGCUGGUGCUGGCCAAACAGAAUCUCAUGCUGGAGCCAGGGAAAUGGAACCAAGAGUUUGACCUGUGGCAGACGUUUGAGGUUGACUCCCUGGAACACCUGGAAGCAUUGGAGGUGGUCACGGCGAGGCUGGAGAGCAAGGUCAACCUCUGCAAGGCCAACGUCAUGAUGGUCACGUGCUUCGACAUCGCCACCAAGCGGCGGCAAGCACGGAGACGCCGUCGGACGGAACAGCAGCAAGGAUUCAUGGGAAUUUAGUGUCAUUUUGUUCCCAUUGUUGUUAAUAGAUGUACAAAGAGAGAGAUUUACAAAGAGAGAGAGAGAGAGAGAGAGAGAGAGAGAGAGAGAGAGAGAGAGAGAGAGAGAGAGAGAGAGAGAGAGAGAGAGAGAGAGAA